AUGGGACAACUGGAUCUAGUAUAUAUAAUCCCUCCGUAUCUACUAAGCACAUGUUUAGGCUCAAGCUUACAAAGAGAAGUUGCGUCGAAGGAUUCUAGAAUGGGCUUAUUAAAUGUUAUACCAACGGAUUCGCCCUUUCAUUACAAGAAACAAGACAUGAAGCCUCCUACUAACAGGUUCUCAAAUGAUCCUAUAUUGAAUGAUAUAAUAAAAGAAAAAGUUCUCUAUAAGCUUAGUAUCAUUGGAGCUUUAGGUAGUAAUCCAAUGGAGAUUGCUGCUAAUGACGAUGAAUACGUAUUCAAAAUGUGUGGAAUAUUUAAACAUAGAUUAAUUGAGAAUUCACAAGGACCUCUGUUGGGUGAUACCAGUAAAGACUCCAAGAAUGGUCUGGAACAGGCUUACCCCUCGAUAUAUAAUUCAGACAGAAUUGGUGAGGUUUCUUUUAGCAACUUGCCUUCGAGUAAACUUGUUCCCAAUGCAUAUAAACAAUAUUUGGAUUAUACUUUAAAAGAUCUUCUACUGCACUCGAACUAUGAUGAUGAAAUUUAUAAUAGCUAUGGAAUCCCCCAAAGCUACAUUCGCUUUAGCGAUAAUUCCUUUUUUCAUUAUCCGCUCCCCAUUUCCUGGGUGCCUUUAAUUCAAAAUAAGCGUUUGAGCUAUUUGAAGAAAUAUCUUGAUUUUAAAAUUGAAAAUGAUACUGGUUUUUCUGAGAUCAAGCUAUCCACUAGAAUAGAGAAAGAAUCAUCUGAUAUUGACGAACAACUCAAUAAAAACCAAUACCUUAAUUUCAUUUGCGACAAGCUGGUAACCCCAUCUUCUGGAAUUUACUAUUACGAGAUUGAGGUUUCCCAGGAAACUGUGGACAGACUAAAUAUUAAUCCCAUUUUGCAAAUGAAUGAUUUGUCCACUUCUUCAACCACUACUCCGAGCAUUGCUACGGGUUUUGCUAGAAGACAUGUAUGUGUUCCGUCCCCUCACUCUUCAGUAUCAUCACCAAACUAUAACCUAUCAGGUAGCAAGGUAGAUCUUGAGUCAAUUAAAAAGGAGAUCCUUUUUAAUCAAGAUGAUCAAGCGGAGGGCAUUCUAAAUAAUGACAUUGAAAAUUCUUUGAGUUUAAAACCUGGUGAAAUGCCGGGAAGUUUUGCAAUAAAUUUAGAAGAUCUGAAUUUCUAUAAUUCGGUGAAAGCAUCAGAAGCUAUGCAAAGAGAUUCGAUUCUAAAUAUGAAUAGAAGAUUAUCGUCCUUAAAUCGGACUAAUAUGGAUGAGUCGGCUUCUGGCAAAAUUGAUAUUGGGGUAUCAUUUAGAACUUAUACUACUCUUAACGAAACGAGGAAGAUACAGAAGACGGAUAUCAUUGGUUGUGGUAUAAACUAUGUUGAUAAAUCUCUUUUCUUCACAAUCAAUGGAGUCUUGAUCAAAAUUAUUAAUCAGGAGGAACUCUCUUCAAAUAAUUCCAUAGCAGAUAAUUUGUUUUCAGAAGACGGAAAAAUUUCCGUAUAUCCUAUUAUUGGUCUUAAGCUCAACGAGCUUAAGGAUAUUAAAUCGGAGGAUCCAGCUUCUCUUGUUAUUACUACAAAUUUCGGUUUUAAAGAGUUUCAAUUCAAUAUUUGCAACUAUGUUAGAAAUUUUAGAGUGGAAAAUCAAAACUUUUUGUUACUGCUUGAACAAAGCAAUAAAUCAUCUUCUGAGUCUCAGUUAGAACGAUCUUUGAAAAAUAUAGACAGUGACUCCAAUUUGUUGAACAAGAUGAUCGAAGGAUAUCUUAACCAUGAAGGAUACGUAGAAACGUUUAAAGCUUUCAAUUCGGAUUUAAAGAAACUUUCCAAAAAUAUUGGAAACGAAGAGUAUCAGGAUAAUGAACUGUCUUUGUUAAAGAAAUAUCAAGCGUUGAAUAGACAGGUCAUAAAAAACUAUAUCACAAAAAACCAAUUUGACUUGGCUCUAAAGUUUCUAUCGUUGAACUUUCAAUCGUUGCUCAGCGAUGAAGAGGGCCGGGAUCUUGUUUUUGAGAUACAAAUAUUAAAAUACUUAUUUCUAUUGAAAGAAUAUGUUGAAAGCAGAUUAAAUUCUCAUCUGCAAAAUACUGACGAGCUAUUUGUAAGUGCAACGGAUUAUGGACAUGAAUUGCAAAAAGAGUAUUCGACAUGCGAGGCUAAAAUCGAUCGAAUAAAUCAAUUAUCUUCGCUUAUUCUAGUAAAUGAUAUUGAAACUUUGCAUAGUUUGCCCAAGGAAUGUCAUUUACUCAAGGGUUAUUCUCAUAGUGUGAAUGGUUUAGCUUCUAAGAUUAAUAAAAAGAUACUAAAAAGCCUAGGAUUCAGUGAGAUCUCAAAUUUAGAAACAAUAUUCAAUAACGUGAAUCAAAAUAUCAAUUUACUAAGUUUGAAGUAUCACGACGACAAAUUUGUACUAACAAACUUCGAAAGAGAUCACAUGGACCUUUAA